AUGAUAAUAACUGGAGAGUCUAUAUUAGGAAUUUUGGGAAAUGGAUACAUUAGACUAGUAAACUGGAUUGACUGGGUUAAGAAAAAAAAGAUCUCCUCAACUGACUACAUCUCCAGAAUUCGUUUGCUCUGUGUAAUGGUGCUCAAUGGCAUCAUAAUGGUUUUAUAGCCAGAUGUUUAUAAAAAUGAUAAGCUAAAAAUAGUUGAUACCUUGUAGACACUCACCCACGACGUCAGUAUGAGAACUGCCACCUGCUUCAACGUCUUCCAUUUCCUCAAGAUAGCCAAUUUCUGCUACCCAUUUUUCUUCUGGCUGGAAUGGAGAGUUUAGAGGGUGGUUUGCUGGAUCCUGCUGCAAUUUGCCAUUUCUUUGUUAAGCAGCCUAAUGCUAGCAAUGAGACCUAAUUAUGAUUUUGAGUUUAAAAUUGCAAAACAUAAGAGAAACUUCACUGAAUUGUUUCAUGUAAGUGUAAUUCAAUACUUCAACCUGUUGUCAUUCUUUAACCUCAUAGCGAUUGCCCCAUUUACUGUGUCAUUGAUCUCAUUUUUUCUUUUAAUUACGUCCUUAUGGAGACACACUAAGUGAAUGAAACUGAAUGUUACAGGCUGUAGAGAUCCCAGCACAGAGGCCCACGUAGGAGUCAUGAAAACUGUUACUUUGUUUCUCUUCCUCUUUUUUGUAUACUAUCUUGCUCCUCUUUUGGCAACAUUUAGCUACCUUAUGAAGGAAAGAAAGUUAGCUGUGAUAUUCGGAGAGGUUAUAGCAAUUCUCUACCCCUCAGGUCUCUCACUUAUUUUAAUUAUUGGAAAUAACAGACUGAGGCAGGCAUCUGUCAGGAUGCUGAGGUGUGGAAAAACAGCAUGUGUGAUGUAA